AUGGCGAGCACGUCCGGAUUCCUGGGUGGCAUUGCAGGGAAUCCUGCAGAUGUUCUAAAUGUCAGGAUGCAGAACGACCGCUCACUCCCUGAGGCUCAAAGACGCAAUUACAAGAAUGCUGUGGACGGCUUGAUUAGGAUGUCAAAGGAAGAAGGCUGGAGAGCCUUAUUCAGGGGUGUGGGAGCCAACAGCAUGCGGGCUGUAUUAAUGACCGCGAGCCAGCUUGCAAGCUACGAUUCUUUCAAAAAGCUGCUGCGGGAGAAAGUUGGCAUGCAGGAUGGCGUGAGCACUCACUUCACCGCAAGCUUUUUGGCUGGUUUCGUUGCCACUACGGUGUGUAGUCCCGUGGAUGUGAUCAAGACAAGGGUCAUGAGCGCAAGCGAGAAGGAAGGCAUCGUUGAACUCCUGACCAGGAUAUACCGCGAAGAAGGAGUCAAAUGGACGUUCAGGGGAUGGGUUCCAAGCUUCAUUCGCCUCGGUCCUCACACAAUUGCUACGUUCAUGUUUUUAGAGCAGCACAAGAAGCUCUAUCGGCAGUGGAAAGGACUUGACAGCUGCCAAUGA